UUGCUGAAAUAUGUGGCAGUCUACCCCUGGUGGUGGGCUGAUACGCAUAGCGUUCUAGUUAACGAACAAAGAGCGGUGUUCUUCAUUCUGACUGAUGCUACUCACGUGUAAACCUGGAUGCUGUUAUGCCUUAUUUAUAUACUUUCUAUACUGGUCAUGCCUUUUUUGAACGUAACAGAGCCAAAUCAAUUUGCCUAAGGACGUUGUUUUGUGAAAUGAUUUUACCGUCACUGGAAAAGACACCUGAGAUGCGCACACAUCUGUGACGUCAUCAAAAUAAUUGUUAAAUAAACAGCUUGCCAACUCCUGGGAAAUGAAUAAGGCGGAAGAUUCAAAAAGACUUACUCGUACAAAAGGAUCACCAGGAACGUCUCCACAAACAUCAAGAGUUACAGGAUGUUCUGCAGCACCAUGUAAACGGAAGCAUUCCAUAGCAGGAAAGGAUAAUUCAGACGUGUUGAUGAAAGCACACCAACAGUACAGUGACCGUAAACAAUCAACUUCGCAAGAUUUUAAAGAAACAUUUAACUCUUUAGAAUGUCGAGGAAAGAAUGGAUUGAGAAAAGAAUCUGUAACAGGAAGAAAUCAAACAGAAACCAAAUCAGUGUAUGACCAAAACACUUCGUCACGUAAAAAUAAACAGACCAAAUGUGUAAAACACAUGGAGAAAAACAGAUACAGGCACUGUGACCCAACGCGCGUACAGAAAAAAAAUAGUCUGAAAAACGAACUAGCUCAUAAAAAGACGUGUGCAGAACAUAAUGAUGACAGCAAGUUUAUUCGAAAAAAUCUAAAAAAAUCACAUUAUUCUCAUAAAAAGAUAAAACUUAAAACACCUAAUGCAUGUAAUCAAAGUGCAAGUCAAGGAACGAGAGGAAAACAAAUUUCAGGCAAAGAAAAAAUUAUUCGAAAUUCAAAGCGGCGGGAAUAGAACCAAGUUGCUCUAAAAUUUUAUGUAGUCAAACAAAAAUAGAAGAUAUGGGAAAAGUAAAUAGUAAAAAAUACGAAGCACAUGAUAAAAAAUCUGAAAAAUGUUUAGGACUUCGAGAAGAAAAAUAUAUUUUAGGUAAAAUAAAGGACAAAGCAGCCUCCUUACAGAUUAUUGAAGAUGUCAAAGAUCAACAAGAUUCUGAUGCAGACGCUAAGAGGAUUCUAGAAGCAGAAGCUGCCUUAAGAAGUCUCUCUGGGAAUUUAGAUGAACCUGAAAAGAUGUCUCUCUUCGGAGAACUUGAUGAAAAUCUUAUGUUUGAAAAUUUGUUUGACAAAAAAGAGAACGAAUUUGGUGAAUCAGCUUGUGCUGCUCAGUCGAGCUCCUGGAAAGAUGUUGUGACACUCAGUGCUUCUUUUUCUAGUAGCAACGAAAGAUCUCCGGUUCAGUCACCAAUGUUUUCUUCUCCUGACUGUGGCAUCACUACUUCCCCUGAUGAUCAAAUGGAUGAUGUUCUUUCUGAUAUCAAACCCAACGCACUUAAUAUUGAGGCCACAAAUGAAAACGUAAUUGAUAGUAUUGAACAUGAAAAAGAUUACUCUGUUCGGACUGAAAAAUCAGAAAUGUGUGAUGUUGAAAACCUAUUAAAGAUUGAAGAAAAAUGUGCAACUAUACAAUCUAUAGGAUCUUUUUGUUCUAUGAAAUUUAAAACCAUGCCAGAUGUUUUAGUGAGAGAAACUAAUUACGAACCUGACAAAAUCUAUGAAGAAAGUAUGCAGGUUGAAAACAGGUCUUCUUUAUCGUGUGACACUGUUCCAUUCCCAAACCCCUUAAAUAAUGACAGGAGUUUGCCACGUUUACUACCAGCUGAGGCUUAUACAGAACAAAAACAGAUAUUUACUCAUGCAGCAUCACGGGUUUCAAAUUAUACUUUUUCUUCCCCGGAGAUACCUCUAGCAGAUGCAGAAAAGUUAGAAAUAACCCUGGCGAUUUCUGAAAGAAAUAGCAGUUUUUCAAUAAUUCAAAAUAAUGUUUCAAGUCCUAAUCCUAGUUCUUCACGGUCCUCCCCAGUGUCACUUUCUACUUCACAUAGUUGCAGUCCUAAUAGUACACCUCACUGUUCUACCAGUAUAUCAUCAUGUACUACCCAAACCACUAUAUCACCAUGUACUACUCAAACCACUAUAUCAUCAUGUACUGCCCAACUUACAGAUGUAAUGAAUUCUUCGUGUUUAUCACACAGCAACAUGGCCUCGUCUAAGGAGUUUCAGGAAAUAUCAUCUUCAUUUCAUCUUAUAGAAAAUAUACCCAAACGUCCAACUUCAUCACAACUAACUUCUUUUGCAACCAAAGGUAACUCUCAUUCCCACAUCUCAAGUCCCACCUGUGGUGCUGAAAAUGUAUCAAACAGUUAUGUUUCAACGCCGGCAUCUCCAGUCCUGGGUUCUGGGCUAAACAUCAAAAAGUACACUUCAGUAACUGCAUUAUUCCCACCUUCUAAUGGUCCAUCUCAGGUUCCAGUGUUUGUAUACCCAGAAGAAAGACUAAAUACGGCAUCUGGAAAAUCAUCUAUAUUGGAGGACCAUUUACUUCCUCUACCAGAUGAUGACAACCCUCUGAUCAUAGACGAGGAAGAAAUUGAAUCUAGUAAUGAAUUUGAGACCCUUCUCACUCCAGGACAAUCCGCAGCUUUUUCACCUUCUACGAGCGCUUCUUCUAGUAACUUAGGCCAAUUAGCCAUGGAACCAGAAAUCAAGUAUUCCGACGGAUGUUUCAAAGAUAACAAGUGCCCUACACCUGGUUGCAACGGGACAGGUCACUCGACAGGGCUCUAUUCACACCACCGAAGCUUAUCAGGAUGCCCAAGAAAAGACGAAAUUUCUCAGGAAAUACUGACCAAACAUGAAACGGUAAUACUCAAGUGUCCUACACCAGGCUGUAAUGGAAGAGGUCAUGUGAAUAGUAAUAGAAACUCUCAUCGAAGUAUUUCCGGUUGUCCAAUUGCAGCAAAGGAAAAGCUGGUCAAUAAAGAAUAUCAUUCAGCUUCAACCAAAACGCUCUCACAAUCAAGUACUUCAUCAUCAACGUCUGAUCGCGUUCUAAGACCCACGUGUUAUGUAAAACAACUAGAAAUUCCGGAGAAUAUAUACACCGCAUACGUAGCCACUUCCAGUCCACGAGCAAAUUUACCAAACGAACUUGGAAAGAACAAUAAAACAAGUACGGAGUACGUCUAUUAUAAUAGACCCAUCGCACCGAAACCAAGUCCCGAGGAAGAAGACAAAUCCAACAUUAUCUUCAAAAAUCAUCCUCCUCUUAGGGCCCAAUACCAUCUUGAAGAAGCUGUAUCAACGGCCAUCAACUUGUCUACUAAAGGUUCAGAUAACGUGAUGAAUCUCUCGCCAGCACCACCUAGUGCCACGGCCCAGCAAUCAUAUGAGAUGGCCGUGACGUCCCGUUCACCUUUAAUUCCACAACACUGCUCCUCAACAACUAUAGAUCAUCUUCAGCCACAAAAAGUUUCUUCAUUGUUUAUUGCCCAAAACCCAGUUUAUCCAAAUCAUUCUUCCGUAAUGGAGCAAACAGAACCAGUAGACUUUAGUCCCAAAUCAGAUUUGCCCAUACGAGUUUUGACUAUGUCUGCCUCGUGUUCACAGACAGAACGGCCAUCAUCUCAUUCACAGGACUCUAUUGCACCUUAUUCUUCUCGAAGCACUCAUCACACAACUUUCUCACCUUCUGCUUUCCCCUUCUCCAAUUAUGCUGAAGAGGAAAUUACCAAUUCUUCUUCUACAAGAAAAUAUCUUGGUCAUACCCUGACGAUCGCUAAUGAAAGUGAACCUUAUACGCAUCGUGUCUCGUCAAACACUAACUUAUCUGUGGUAACCUGCUCAUUGAUAGUUUCUGAAGGAUGUUCGUUUUCCUUUCAGCAAGGAAGCGUUUCAACACCUCGCCUCUCUUCAAGUCCCAGUUUACAUAUGGUAUCUUGUUCAUCGCAGACCCCUUCAAAUUGUAUCUUUCCUUCUCAGUCACUAUGUGUAACAGCCCCUUGUGUUCCCCCGAGUCCCAACUUACCCGUUGUUUCUUUUUCAUCACAAGUCCCUACAGCUUGUUCUUUUCCCUUUCGGUCUUCUAUUGUAACAACGCCUCACAAUAUGUCAAAACCCUGUUUAUCUGUGGUAACUUCUUCAUCCAAUCCUCCUGAAAGUUGUCGAUUUCAAUCUCACUCUCCAAGAGUUUCAACACCUUGUAUUUCUGCAAGUCCCAACUUAACCAAGGUAGACUGCUCAUCAGAAGUCCAUAGAAACUGUUUUUUACCUUCACAGCCAUUAGAUGUGUCAUCAGUUAGAUCGUAUUCUCCAUGCGAAACUAUCCAUACAGGAGCAAAAUCAAGUGAACCUUUGUCUCCCAGAACAGCAGAAUGGACAAAUCUUACCCAGUCACCUUCGAAUCAAAGAGACGCGAUAUUUAACUUACACACUAGUUCCUCCAGUAUUAACGACUCCUCUCAGCCACUACGGACUUCACCCAUCAGUGGACUCGGGGGCUCACAGGCAUCACUUCCAUGUACUGUUUCAUUAUCCACUCAGUCUCUCAUCACUUCUCCCAAUCCCUCAUCGCACAACUUUCGACAAAGCCUAAGCUACAUUAGCAGCCAUCCAUCUAGCUCUGGAAUACCAACAUCAACAAACAGAUCUGCAACAGUGAGCAAUUCACGGCCACUUAAAAUUAUGAAAGCUACUCACAAAUGUCGAGAAAACAAAACCCUUAUUCAGUGUCCUACUCCUGGAUGCGACGGUAUGGGCCACGUUAAUGGGAACUACGUCACUCAUAGGAGGUAUGCUAGGACGGCAUCUGUGUGUAUGUGUGUUCUUUCUGGUUGUCCUUACGCUGACCGUACACACCUUCAAAUUCAACACCAAGAGCUAAUGUGUCCCACUCCUGGAUGUGAUGGUUCAGGUCACCUGACUGGAAAGUAUUCUUCACAUCGGAGCCUGUCCGGGUGUCCGAGUGCUAAUAAACUCAAAAACCUUGUAAGGUUAGGGGAAGACAAAAAUGACUCCGAACCUCUUCGUUGUCCAAUACCUGGGUGUGAUGGUGCUGGUCACGUGACUGGAAAGUUUCAAUCCCACCGCAGUGCAUCUGGAUGUCCUUUUGCCAACAAGAACAGGGUUAAUCAUCAAGAGACCCUAGCGGUUAUUAAAACAGAAGGAACCAGAUGUCCCACCUCUGGAUGCGAUGGAAGUGGGCACACCAGUGGAAGUUUUCUAACACAUAGGAGUGUAAGUGGAUGUCCUAAGGCUACUCUAAUAAUGAAAAAACCAAGGUUGUCUCACGACGACACGCUUCCUUUGAUGACUAAAACACAAUCAGAAAAUGAGACCGAUUCUGACAUCCAAGUACUUGAAGACGAAAUUUUGGAUCUGCAAGGACACAAUGCUAAAGUAGAGUCGGAGAUGGUAAAAUUAAGAAAAGACAUUUUUCGGAUGGAGCAACAGAUUCGAGUUACAGAACGAGAAAACGAAGAACUCGCUCAAAAGACGAAUAAUCUAUCUGGAUACUAUGAAUCACUCCAGAACAACUUUAUUUCACUCUUGGACCAUGUUAGACUGCCCAAUUUUAAUGAGAAACCAACACCUGAUAACUUUGACACGUAUUUGUUCAAACUGCAGUCGUUAUGUGGUAACACCUACCGUGAAGACAAGAAAACUAUUUUUUCGUCAAUGAAACAAGCUCUUCAGGACUUCACUUUGCCUCUACAUCACUCAGCGCGAUGGAUAAAAUCUUGAGGAACUUAGCAUCAGAUUGCGGUAUAGAAGAACCACACAAGAAAGUCGUCUCACCGGAAGUGGAUGAAAUAUGAAAAGAAAUUAUCUCAUUAGUUAAAACUGUUCUUCUUCAAGAGAUUAUCUCAUAAUCGUAGAAGUAUUCUACUCCAAGUAUUCAUCUCGCUUAUUAAGAAGUAGUUUUAUUUAACGAAUCAUACCAUUAGUUAUGGAAUAUUCUUCUUGUAGGGAUCAUAUCAUUAGUUUAAUACUCGUCUUUAAGUGGUGAUCUCAUUAGUCACGGAGUGUUUCACUCUUUUUGCUUUAUGAUAUAAAACCUGAACUCAGAGAUUCUUGGCUUCAAAUCUAUGAAUAAAAUAAAUCUAAAAGUGAGAAAUAUUAUUUUAUUAGAAACAAAUUAGCUCAAAUACUUUUAUUUUGUGCAAGCAGCGAACAUAAAUAUCGUGAAUAAUAAAAAGUAGUUUGAAUAGCUAAGAGUGUAGUUUUAAAUUAUUUUUAUCUCAUACUUUAAUCCUGUUCUAUUCAAAGACUGGAGAAUAGGGAAGACAAACUUCAAAAGUUAAUCUCUUUACAGACAUGUUUCAACAUGACAACAGAUUAAACUAAUGAAAUAUAAUUGAAGAUGAGAGAAACUGAAUGAUUUUUAUGGUAAAAAACAAUAGGUUAGCAUGUUUUGAGGUGAUAUCGUAAAUUCGCAAAAUACAAAAUAUAUAGAUGUUGAUUAUAAAAAAUAUCCAUUAAUUUCAAGUUUAUCCUAUUUCAUGUUGAAUGGUUUGUAUGCUUAAAUAUAGGAAAGGUUUUUCAUACAUCUAUUACGAAUAUAAUAAUGACUACUUACUUCAAUACUAUGUUGUUAAACAUUUUAUUUGAUAAU